AUGCACUCGAUAUAUAAGAACGAUAGAUUUAAGAUGAUUGGGCAACCUAUCGACCUGCGGGUGGUGGUUUCAGUAUCUUCUCGCUCUCUCGUCUUCACCUGUUGUAUGAACCGUUUGCGGCUGCUGCUGCCGUCACCCUCAUCAGUUUCUACUUCCAUCUCCGAUUUGUGUGGCGACGGCCGUAGAAGACCAGGAUUCGUGGAAAACGAUUGGAUUUGGCAACCGUUCACGACGCCACAUCGCGCUCACGCAUUGAGCCAUCGACAGCGAGUCUCACAGUCUUUCACAAUCUCAAUCUACAGAUUCUUCUACCAGUUCACCAUGGACAUUGAUUUUGAUGAUUUGACUUCAACCGAUGCUGCAAACAAUGUAAAUGCAAGUACAAAGCUUAAACCCAAACCCAAACCCAAACCAAAACCCAAACCUAAAACCCAACCCGAACCAAAAUCCACCCCAACCCCUCCAACACAGCCUGUUGAGGCUGCUGCUACUGCAGAUAAUGAGAUUAUAGCAAGAACUGAAGAAGAAGAACAACCUUUUGAUGUCAACCAAGUUUCUGGAAAUAUCAAUGAUAACUGGCAAUCUUCAUUUGAAAAACCACAUGAAGAGAAUGCUGAACCAUUUCCAACUUUGGAAUCACUGAAUAAUGACUUACUUCCUCAAUCUACAACUGUAACAGUGAAUUUGCCACCUGUCUCAGAGACACCAACAACCAUUCAUGUUUCCAUGGAUGAGAACUUAGAGAAGGGACCCAUUGAAAGUGUUGAUGCUUGCACAAAUUUAGAAAGUGUUGCACAGAUAGAUCCUUUAACAGGGGAGGAAGCUUCUAUUUUUAAUGACAAUGAAGAUUUUCAGAUAGAAAGUUUAUCAUCAGCAUCAAAGGAUGCCGAAAAUGCCCUUUUCUGGGAACCUCUUGACAUAUUGUCUGAGUCAAGAAUCUGUUCAGGACCAAAAGUUUGCAAAUUCAAGCCAAAACCUAAUGCACAAAAUCGGAAAGUAGAAAAUAUUGAUUCCGUUACUUCUCAAAUCGACUACACGGACAACGCCCCUGUUCCGACGUUUACACCAGAAGAACUUUUUGGCUCGCCAUCAAUCGGAAUCACUGAUUCCAUUCCGACGGAGUCAUUAUCCAAUUUCCAUUUAAAUGAAGAACACGAACCAACAACUUUCACGGAAAUGUCUCAAGUGGAUUCCGUGGUUCCAUCUGAGCAUCCGGAUGCCAUUCCGGAGACUUUGAACAAGGGAAAAGGACAAUCUCCUGAAAAGGAAGCUUCUAGAUCUUCAGAGAGGUUAAGAAAGCAGUCAAAGAAAACACUUGCACUUGUAGAUGAGUUUGAGGAUGAGGGAGUUGCUGAUGAUGUCAUACAUGGGAAUGAAGAUAACAACAAUAUUGAUGAUUACAGACCAGAAGAAAGCGAAUCUGUAAGUGAAAAAAAGGGAAAAAAGUCAAAGAAAGCGGUCAAUGAGAAGGAAAAACCUGUUAGAAAACGGAAAAAGGCCAACAGUGAAGCACCUGUUGAGUCAACUAAAGUCAAAAAGAAAUUCCCUCACAGCACACGAAGAAGAAAUAAAAGACAAGUGGACCCACAAUUGCUUUUAAUUCCUGAGGAAGACCUUAAUAAGAAUGAAAUCCCCAUGAAAGAAUUAAUCAGGCUUGCAGAACAUAGGGAGCGAAUAGCUAAAAAGGAAGCAGCAUCUACAUCAGGAACAGGAACAGCUGCAUUGAACCAAAGUGGUGGGAGUUUCUCCAACAAUUUUGAUUAUGAAGAUGAGGGUUUUGGGGAAGAGAGAGAAGAUGAUUAUUUAAUGGAAGCAGAAAAUGCGACUUAUUAUAAUUAUCGGACUCACAUGAAAAUAACACCAAGAAUGAAAUGGUCAAAACAAGAUACUGAGCUCUUCUACGAGGCUGUUCAACAAUUUGGGACAGAUUUAUCGAUGAUAAAAGAGUGUUUUCCUGGGAGGACGCGUCAGCAGAUAAAAUCAAAGUACAAAAAAGAAGAGAAACAACAACCUUUAAGGCUUAAUCAUGCCCUAACUACUCGUUUUAAAGGUAAUUCUCAUUUUGAGGUAGUAAUCCAACGGCUAAAAGAAGCUCAAGGGGAAGAUUCUGAGAAUGAUGACCCGAUGAACCUCACAGGAGAGGAUGACGUGGCUGCUGACAUGAAUGAGGCUGGGGAAACAACAGAAUGUGUGGAGCCAGAAAAGAAAGAUGAGGAAAUGGAAGGUGAUGUUGGGAGUCCUACAAAGUCUCAUGACAGUGAAGAUGAAAUGUAUCGAUGGAGUCAAUAUAAAUCUGAAAUAUGAAAAAUUUAAAACAAAAAAAAAAAAAAAAGUUCAAACAACAAAA